AUGUGUAGGGACGAGAAAAUAAAAGCUCUAGUAGAACGGCUCUCAAAUCUCGAACAUUCUGUUCAAAGUGUCCAUCGUAGCCCAAGUUCGGCACAGGAGCAGGAGACCGUAAAUAGCUUUGCUGUGCCAACUAUUGAAGCGACUUCAGAUCGACCAGCAAAGAGACAGAGGACAUCCAGCUCGCUAGAUGUGCCAGCCCCAGCCCCAGCUCAAGAUGUCGACAAUAGCCCACAGACAGCAAAUGAGGCUCGCAUCCACAUCAGCAAAGAGCUCUCUACCAAUGGCUUACUGUCGAGCCAUCAACGCUCAGUCCUCGAAACCGCCAUAUCAUUUGUUGACCAAUUGUCCCACACGCCCACACCAACCAUGCCAGACCGCAGCACAUUUGAUCAGUCGAUGCAUGUCUCUACUGAUAUGACUAAGCACGAGAUCUUUCAUGUCAUCCUCGGUACUGAAUUCAAGGAACGAGGCAACGCCGCCGUUCGCUACCAUACUGUCGAUCAUGUGCCACCAAAGGCGUUCGAGAAGAUUGCACUUGCCCUUAUGGAAGGUACUGCUGAUGAGAAGACUCUCAAUCUGUAUCGAGUCAUCGUUCACUUUCAGGCAGCUGUUGUACUAUAUGCGAGCCAGUUGCAAGGCCCUAAGAGUGCAGCUGUCCAACGACACAUCCAACGAAUGGAGUUUAAUCACCUGAUAGCAGCGCUUACUGCUCUAGAUAAAGUCAGCUUCUUAACUGCGCCUUCUCUUUUACUCGCGCAGGCAUUGGUUACCGGAGCUACCAUGAUGCAGAUCAUGGGCAACCCUGUGAGCUGCUGGGAACUUACUGCCCAUGCAUCGCGCACUAUCGUGGCUCUUGGCUAUCAUCAUAUUGACGAACCGAUACCAAAAACUGACACCGAGAGCGAGAUAUAUGCCAUAGUCGGUCAAUGUGCCUAUUUUGAUAGCGUGAUGAGCCUCUUGCUACUUCGGCCACGAUCUCUUCCUCAACUCCAGGUAAAGGCUUCGUACCUGUUGCGAGCCGAUCCAGCCAGCCCCAUGAGUGUUCUAGAACUACUUCCUAUACUCGACAAGAUCUUGGAUCUAUCGUUGGAAACCAAGCCGUCGCCAGCUAUACUGAACGAAGAGGUGGCGCAAUUGCGAACAAAGAUGCAGGGCAUCUACGAGCUUAUGGAGAAGGAACGACAACUGCAUCUCCUAGAUAGCAGAACUGACGCUCUCAUACACUGGAAAGGUAUGGAGUUUAGGUACUUUUCUACCCUAACUUCAGUCCACCGUCUAAGCCCUACCGUUACGACAAAUCCAUCAGAACGAGAGGAGUGUCUUCAAAGUGCCCGGAAGGCAUUGGAGUGCGCCAAGGAUAUAGAAGAACUUGGAAGAUCGUUGGAUCACUUCAUCGAAGGCUAUGACCCUUAUCUCGCUUGGAGUAUGCUCUCUUAUCCACUCUGCCCCUUCUUCGUCGUUUUUUGCAACGUGGUCGGCACGUCUAGCGCUCGAGAUUUCCAGCUCCUCCAAGAUGUUACUGACGGCCUUUCCGGGCUCGUUACGGAAAACAAAUAUGUUCACCGAUUGCAUCGGCUGUGCGCUACACUGCUGGGUCUUUGUAAACCUCUCGUACGGACUUCGGACCUUCACGAGCAAGUACCACAACCGAAUGGAGGAUCGGCUGCACCGUUGGGGACCUGUCCUCUACCAGCAGGUUUCGGCAAUGGUCCUGAUAUUUUAAACAGCGGCGGAAGUGAUGUAACCCCUAGCAUGAUGCCUUCAUCGUGGAAUGACGACAUGAUGUGGCAGUUGUUCCAAUCGCAACCUUCUCUUGACUGGUUCAACGCUGAUAUAUUAGACCCUUCGUGGGGCCUUGGACAAACGCAGUAA